AUGAAGACCGCACGCGCCAUCGUGCGCACCGCCAACCUCGCCGCCGCCCCUCGCCCCAGCCCUCCCUCGACCUCGACCUCGUCCUCCUCCUUCCCCCUCGCCUUCAUCGGUCCCGGCGCACCCCGCUCCGUCUCGUCGUCGUCCGCCGCAGCCGCGUCCGCCAAGGCCCAGGGCAAGGCCGCCGCAGCACCAGCUCCCGCUGCCGCACCGGUCGAGCUCCCCGCCAACGUCUCGUACGGCCAGACGGCGCGCUCCCGGCUGCGCGACCACUACGACGCGUCGCUCUCGCACGACCUCCUGUACCUCCUGUACUCGCACCCGACCCACGUCGAGGCCCAGACGGGCCGCCUCCCCGACCCCUUGUCGCGCUCGCCCGUGUGGAACCCGGCCAACCCGUACGCGAGCGGGCGCGCGGCGCCGCCGCGCCCAAAGGGCAACCGGUACCUCGUGCCCAACCCGUCGUACACGUCGCCCGACGCCGUCCCGCAACUCGAGUCGAUCACGGUCGAGUGCAUGACCAAGACGGCCGUCGGCGUCAAGAGCAACCUGCUGCCCGUCAUCAUGGCCUUCCAGGCCAUCACGGGCGAGCCGCUCCAGAGCAAGCACCCGGGCGCGUACGGCCCCGGUUCGGGCAAGGGCAUCGUCGUCACCAAGUCGACCAAGAAGUCGGCGUCGUUCAAGAUCCGCGCCGGCGCGCCGACGGGCGUCAAGGUCGAGCUCAAGGGCGAGCAGAUGUACACCUUCCUCGAGUCGGUCGUCGAUUUCGUCCUCCCGCGCCUCAAGACGUUCAACGGGAUCCCGCUCCCGGCCGCGUCGCACCCGCGCCAGUCCAUGUCGUCGACGUCGGGCGUCGUCGCGUUCGGCCUCCCGCCAGAGGCCAUGGGCCUCUUCCCGCAGGUCGAGGUCAACCUCGACCAGUACCCGCGCGCGUACGGCAUGAACAUCUUUUGCGUCACGAGCGCAAAGGGCCGCGGCGCGCAGGACCAGGCGCGCGCGCUCCUGUCGGGCAUGGGUCUCCCGUUCGUCAAGCGGUGAGCGAGGGCGCGGGCGCGGGCUGCGGGCGUGCAUGUGCGCGAGGGGUUUGGGGCGCGGUCGUCGUCGUCGUUGUACUAUUCGCAAGUCCAGGCUCUCUCAUG